GUUACAUCAUCAUGUUUUUGACCAAUCAAACCAAUUUUUCCUCAAUCGUUCCUUCGCUAUUGGUCGACAACCAGCCAAUGGUGACAAGUUUCAAAUGUGCCUGUGACCAUGCUCAAAGAAGGUGUCCUUCUGAUUCGCUGGAUUACUGCACUACUAGUCAUUCGUGCUUUUCAGCGGUUCGUAAGAACCUGAAGAGCGGUAGGACGGUGGAAACCUAUGGCUGCUUGAAGAACGAGGAACAGUACAAAAUGAACUGUCACAUGGGAUCGAAACGAUACAUCUCGAUACUCUGUUGCAAGGUUGGAGAUUUCUGUAACAAAUUGUUGCAGCCCAAGUUAACUGCCAAAAAAGGUGGCACAGUAAGGAAUGGGACGAAAAAUGGAUAUGGAUUGGAUGAGGAUGGAACAAGUGUUGAGCCUCACCUACACGAAGCUCUCUACGUACUCAUCUUCUUCAUGUUCCUCACUCUCCUCGGAAUCUUCAUCUUCUGGUUCUACCUCAGACUAAAACGGAAAUCCCCAACUUGGAAAUCUCAGAAACCUCUAUUAUUAUCCGGCGGGUUUUCCGAAAUCACUUCAAAUAGUUCCAACCUAUCCAACACCGAAUACAACUACUUCAACCUAACGAUCAACAAUCACGAAAGACUCAGCAGUGACAGCAAAGGAAGCUGCUUCGAUGGCUCCUUACUUUGUGGCGCCAAUUUGAACCGACAUUUCAAAGAUAUUUACAGAAUCGGUGGCGACAAUAACACACCAAGCGAUCGCUUCUUCAGCGCCAGUAACGGAAGUAGUAGUGGCAGUAACAUUAUAAAGAGUAACGCUAGUAACCACAGUAUCAGCUACGAAAAGUACUACACAGUUUCUGACAACAACAACAAUAACAACAACAACAACAGUAAUUUUAUUAGUAAUAACAAAUGUGUUAACAAUAAUUGCUACAAUAACAUAAAGACAUUGAAGAGUUGUAAAAAUUUAUUCAAAAAUGGUUUUAUACAAACAAUCAGGUUAGCUAGAAAAAGUCAAAAAAACAACACAAACAAUUGUUCCAGUCAACAUCAAUCACAUAAUCACAACAACAACAUCAGCAGCUGCCACAGCAACCACAGCAUACACAAAAACAAAACAAACAACAACAUCAGUAGUUCAAACACUACUGCAGCUAACAACUGUCCUGCAAAUUGUUAUGGGUUGAGGAUCGUUCAGAUGGGAGACAGCACGAUGAAGGGUCUGAUUGAUCAAACGAGCACUUCCGGUAGUGGGUCAGGGGCACCACUCCUCGCCCAAAGAACCGUUUCCAGGUCCAUCCAGCUUGUUGAAGUUAUAGCAAAAGGAAAGUAUGGUUACGUAUGGCAUGGACUCUACCAAGAGGAACCAGUUGCAGUGAAAAUCUUUAGCUCGCACGCGGAGAAUGCCUGGCAGAGGGAGUGCAACAUCUACAACACGACCCUGCUGAGACACGAGAACGUGCUGGCCUUCCUCGGGGCAGAUACUGUCUCCAGGGUUCAGUCGUGCACCCAACUUUGGUUGAUCACGAGGUACCACGAGUUAGGCUCGCUGUACGAUUAUUUGAAUAAGAAUCAACUGAGCAGACAACAGCUCUUACGGCUGCUGACGUCUGCGGCAUCGGGUCUGGUGCACCUACACACAAACAUAGUGGGCACGCACGGCAAACCCGGGAUAGCCCACAGAGAUGUGAAGUCGAAGAACAUUCUUGUGAUGGAUGACGGCAGCUGUUGCAUUGCUGAUCUGGGAUUGGCUGUUGUUGAAACCAUGUUUGAUGAUUCCAAUUGCGGCAACAAUUCAACAAGUCAACAGAAUAGCAAACAACAACAUCAACAACCACAUCAACAUCGGCAUCGCAACAUGUUGGGUGUAGAUGACUACAACAUAAAAGUUGGUACGAGAAGGUAUAUGUCUCCAGAAGUUCUGGAUGGCUCCAUCGACUGUGAAAGAUUUGAUUCCUUCAAGAAGUCCGAUGUUUACUCGUUCGCUCUGGUUAUGUGGGAGACUGCUAGAAGAUGUUGUGUUGAUGACAAAUGUGAGGAUUACGAGCUUCCGUACAACAACAUGGUUCCAAGCGAUCCAACUCUGGACGAGAUGUUGUUCGUCGUCUGCACAUCAGGGUUCAGACCGGCCAUACCGAAAAGAUGGAAGACAGAUACGAUUUUGAAAGCAAUAAGCAGUCUGAUAGGAGAAUGUUGGAGCUACAAACCGGACGGAAGACUUUCAAUGUUACGAAUUAAAAAAUCACUCAUAAAACUUAACCAACAUCUCGACGAUGAAGCUGCUACAGCUGCUCUCCUUGCUGGCAAAACAAACCCAACAGCGAAAAAUGUUGUUGCGGUGAAUCAAAACAACCCACAGACCGUAGAACCUAUUUUAAACUGUUGA